CAACACACUACAUAAAUGGAUGAUUCCAGAAAAAAAAAUUACAGUAAUCUCAUUUAUAACAGCCUCAUCACCACCGCAAUGAGAUCUACGUCUUCGUUGGCACUUUUCUUAAUCGUUUCUUUGCUGUUUAGCGCCUAUGGCCUGCCCCUUGAAAACGAGAGCGACCAAUUGCUAAAGGAUUCUAGUGAUCGAGUACAAAGAGCUAUAGCUGAAAGGGAAUCCAUUUUCGAAGGUGAGGAAUAAGUUAUUAGAAACUGCGCUGACGAUCAAAAGAAAUGUUCCUUUUUUAUGUUAACAAUAAGAACUGAAAAACAAGAAACAUAUUACGACUUGCAUGUUCAUGAAUUUAUCCUGUUUGGCUUUUAAAAAAAAUGAAAAAAGUGUCUUCUUUCUUUUAUAAAUACCAUUUACAAUUUCCAUAGUCUUUGGCAGUUCUUCUGUAAAGUUGCCAUUCCUUUGUCAGGGCAGAUGCAUGGGGUAGUUUUUUUUUUUUUGAGACGAGUUUUAACGAACCAAAUGAAUGAAGCCAUGUAGGUUUAGAAGUUUCUAAGUUCCUGGUAUUGAUAUAAUGAAGAUAGAAAGCGGAUCGAGUAUCGUCGAAAUUGAGCUCAAUUCAAGUUAGUCUUAUAACGCAGAGAAUUAAAAGUAUACCUCACUUUCUUUGCUUUCGCUGUUCCUACUUUUGAGUUUAUUUUGCAUGGUCAAAACAGGAUAUAAAUCGAGUAAAGUUUUAGGCACUGAGCAAAAGACCAAUAUAUAUCUUAAAACCUUAAUAUAUGUACGAUUACUGUAUUUGUCGAGAAUUUGUGUUCCUGAUGUAUUAGCUGGAAAAAUGUAUAAAAUCAUUUAAUGGACUUUCGAGAAGGUUCAGUCUAAUCGAAGUCUUCACAAUAAUUCCAAUAGGUCCUUUUCAAGAUUGUUAUCGAUAGCUUAUUGUUGACUUGAGGCUUAAUUUCUUCGGCUCGUCACUAAAGAAUUCGCUCAUUCACGCCAAUUUUAUUCAAUCGGUAAGGUAAAACUGAUUUUACAUGUCACGAAUUUCUAUCAAAGAUCCAGUUGUAAAACCAAUCAAAGAUCGUUCGCUUGUUCCACGGAUCCCUCCAUGUGCUAGAUAUGGUUGUGGUAAGCGAACUGUGCACAUUGGUAGAGAUACGGAACCGUACAGUUUCUUGGAAACCAAGAUUCGUCAAUUGCAGCGUAGAAGGGAAGGUGGCAUGAUCCCGCCGUGCGCACGAUAUGGCUGUGGAAAGCGGAAAUAGAACUUCUAAAUGAUAUUAACCCAGGAUAUUAUCUCAAAAGGUUUGUCUGUUACAUUUAUUUAUCACUCUGACAAUAAUUGAGAAUAAUUGCUAAAAGCUCUACUGUAAAGAGCACUCAGCCGAGUACAGGGUAAGUAUUUCUAGUUAACAUAAUCAUAUUCAUACAUCAACUGUUGAAACUCAAUGGAAAAACUAUCUUCACAAGGCUACCUCGCGCUUUACAAAGACGGAGGCUAUCUUAGGAGGAAAAUGCUGACAAAUCAAUAUAGCUGUUAUUAGAAGAAAUAUUUCACUUUCAACUGCGUUUUGCUUCCUUAGGCCAAAAAUCCAAGAAAAACAAAUACAGAAAAUAACUAAUUAUUCACUCUCUAAAAUAAAUUUAGUGUCCAAAAGUGACAUUACGCCGCUCAUCGGUAUCCGGCCACACAAGUUACUCAGCAGAGUGUGCUUACAUGCAAAUCUUCCGUAAUGCUGUAACUCAAUCGACAUUUUCAUUAGGGACCAGUCAUUUUUUGUUGCCGCGAGAGAUGAUUUUGGUGAGAUCGCAUGCUCUUCAGGGGAAACAGAUGGAGGUGUCAUUCGUAACUAACAGAGUAUAAAGAGGGAACUAUAGAAAAUUGACUGCCAAUUAACUGUUAAUAAGAGGGGGAGGGAGAUCACCAGAAUAUUACAGAGCCCUAUGGGGGAUCAGGUAGAUAUCAUCGUGUCACAAAAUAAAAUCCUCCGUCUCCUAGGGCGAUAUAUAAUGGUCGGUCACUCAAAAGAGCGUGCCAGAAAACUGGAAUAACAAGGCCUUAACUUAUAAAUUUCCUCUUCUUUAAAUGUAAUUAUUUUCUGUCUGUUUGCUGGUUAUACGUAUAUUUUACCGAUUGAUCUCUAACCGUUUAAGCGCUCUUGAAUUCCGCACUAUUCUUUCUUGUAACCAAUAAGCAACGAACAAGAAAAUAUUUCCAAGUUCAAAUUUUUGGAGUGCUUCGAAUUCUGAACUAAAAGAUGCCUUUUCGCUAUUUUUAGGGGAGACGAAUCCAAAGUCGGCGAGCUGAUAGGACUUUGCGGUCUCUAGGAUAUUGAACGUUUAAAAUUCUAAGAAGAAAUAGCGAAAUACUAU